CUCCCUUCUUGGCUCCCCGUUCAUAUAACCCAGGCUGCCUCCAGCCAGCCUUUCCCCACUUGUCCUGAGAGCAAAAAGGUGCAGCGGAGUCUCUGAAAAUGAGCACUUUCUCCUCCGCGACGGUGUGGCUCUGCUUGGCUGCAGCAGUAGCGGCGCUGGGAGGGCUAGUUCUUUGCAAACUCAGCCCAGGACAGGGGGGGAGAAAGGUGGUCUGCCUGGCGGGCCUCUGGGGAGGGGCUUGCCUGCUCAGCCUGUCCCUCUUCUGGGGCUUGGUCUUCUUCUCCUUGUCCUGUUUCAUCUUGUAUCUUUACUUAUCCAGCCAAGAGUUGUUACCUGUGGACCAAAAGGCUGUGCUAAUCACAGGUGGCGAUUCCGGGAUUGGUCAUGCUUUGUCCAAGUAUUUGGACCAGCUGGGUUUCACCGUGAUUGCUGGGGUUCUGGAUGAAAAUGGAGCAGGAGCAGAGGAAUUGCGAAGAACCUGCUCCAAGCGCUUCUCCGUGCUCCAGCUGGAUGUUACCAACUCGCAGCAGAUCAAAGAUGCCUACAGCAAAGUGGUGCAGAAGGUGCAGAACAGAGGACUGUGGGCUGUGGUCAACAAUGCUGGGAUCCUUGGUUUACCCACUGAUGGGGAGCUCAUUCCCAUGACCCACUACAAACAAUGCAUGGCGGUGAACUUCUUUGGGGCUGUGGAAGUCACAAAGGUGUUCUUGCCUCUUCUGAGGAAGUCCAAGGGGAGGCUGGUGAACAUCAGCAGCAUGGCCGGAGGGGUCCCCUUUUUGAAGCUGGCGGCCUAUGGCUCAUCCAAAGCAGCUCUGAGCAUGUUUUCCGCAGUCAUGAGACAAGAGCUUUCCAAAUGGGAAGUUAAAGUCUCUAUCAUCCAGCCUGGAGGCUUCAAAACAAACAUCACAGGCACAAGUGAAGCGAGGGAAAGGCUGGUGAAGGACAUCCUGGACCACCUCACCCCUGACGUGCGGGAGGAGUACGGCCAGGAGUACAUCCUUGCGCAAAAGAAGGUUUUCAACUCAUUCCGUUUGCGCCUCAGCUCCGACCUGUGCCCCGUGCUUGAGGACAUCCGGCACGCCAUCUCUGCCAAGAGGCCCUUCACCUUUUACACGCCGGGGGCCGGGGCUUACCUGUGGUUCUGCUUUGUUUCCUUUAGCCCAACGGGCAUUUUUGAUUAUUUUAACCAAAAAAUGCAUGCCUUUAAUAACGACAUGCCUAGAGUGCUAGGCAUGCGUAACUGUAAGAAAAAGGCCAUGUAGGCAAAUACGUGGAAAAUGUUAUCAUCUUGGAGCAAAAGGGAAACCAGAAUUUCCCAUUAAAGUUGUGGUUUCCUACCUUGCA